CUCACAAUUUCACAGAAUCUUGGUCUUUGCUGUGGAACAGCAUUCCAACAGCUCACAAACAUUUUACAUUUCUUCAGAGCAGGCGGUGUUGUAGGGUUUCUCGAGGUGUUCUCCAGCACGGAGGAGACGAGGGAGAGCCAUGCAGCUGAUGCCGUGGUAGGGAACCUUCCCACACGUGAAUAUCUCCCACACUGUCACUCCAUACGACCACUGUGCAGUGAAUUGGGGUUAAAGACCCGCGAUUACAUAAGACAG